CCCAACACCUCGCGCUUCUACUACUACAACGCCAGCAGCCAGCGCACCGUGUGGCACCGGCCCCGCGACUGCGACAUCAUCCCCCUGGCCAAGCUGCAGACGCUGAAGCAGAACACAGAGUCGCCCCCGCCCCAGAACAGCCCCGGGCGCAGCAGCACCGUCAGCAGGGAGGGCAGCACCGGCUCGUCCCUCGAGCAGGACAUCGACACCGACAAGGGGCAGGGGCAGCAGCGGCAGGGGCAGCACUACGGGGGGCUCAAGGAGGAGCCCGACAGCAGCUCCGGUUCGGGAGUGUUCGAGAAGGACUAUGAGAUGUUCCGGGAUUACAGCUCCGAGGGGCAGCUCCUGCACUACAGGACGUCCUCCCUGCGCUGGAACGCGGGCACCAAGGAGCGGAUGCUGAUCAAGGUGACGGAGCGCGAGCCCAGCUUCCUGCUGCACCAGGGCAACGGCUACGCCGCCGACCCGCCCGCCAUGCCGCGCUCCCGCCGCCCCUCGGGGGGCCAGCAGCCAUCCCCCGGCCUGCAGACCUUCUCCUCGGACGCCGACAGCUCCGGCUCCGUCUUCUUCCCGGAGAGGAAAGCGUCUCCCUUCCCGAAGCGGGCCGAGCACGGGGGCGGCUGCUCCCCCCUGCUGGGCCGGGCCGACUCGUUCUGCUCGGCGCUGCAGGCCCAGCCCCGCCGGGCCUCGGGCGAGUCGCAGCCGUCGUCGCCGCGCUACGCCUAUGAACCCCCCCUCUACGAGGAGCCCCCCGUGGAGUACCAGGCGCCCAUCUACGACGAGCCCCCCGUGGACAUGCAGUACGAGGCCGGCGGCGGCGGGGCCUACAAGGCCGCCUCGCCCCAGAAAUCGCCGGUGCGGAAGCCCCAGCCCUUCCUGCAGUCGCCCAAGCAAGGCCCCAACUCGCCCUACCAGCAGCUGGUGCUCACCAAGCAGAAGUGCCCCGAGCGCUUCAUGAGCCUGGAGUACAGCCCAGCCGGCAAGGAGUACGUCAGGCAGUUGGUCUACGUGGAGCAGGCGGGCUCCAGCCCCAAGAUGAAGACGGGCUUGAGGCACAAGUACUCCCCCAACCCCAUCGGCGGGUCCUACUCGCUGCAGCACAGCCCCUGCCUGCUGCGGGACCAGCGGCUGGACGUCAAAUCCGGCGAUUACAGCAGCAUGGAAGGGCCCGACUUCUGCCCCGGCGGCGGCGGCCAAGCGGCCCAGGGCGAGGACUCCAUGUCGUGGUCCAGCCAGCAGGACACCCUGUCCUCCACCGGUUACUCACCCUCCACCAGGAAGAGGAAAAGCCGGAAGCCUUCGGUGGCCCACGAGCCCAACGCCUCGGCCGCCGACGGCUGCGGGGAGCGGGAGGCGCCGGCCGAGCAGAUGCUGGGGGACGAACGGGGGCCCAACCGCUCGCCCAUGAACCGGACGGAGAGCAAGGCGGCCGAGGCCUUCCCGGAGCCCUUCCUGGCCCAGGCCAGGCUGGCUUGGGAAGCGCAGCAGGCCCAUUACCACAUGAAGCAGAGGAGCAGUUGGGAUUCCCAAAAGGACGGGUCGGGCUACGAGAGCGAUGGUGCCCUCCCCCUGCCCAUGCCGGGCCCCGUGGUGAGGGCCUUCAGCGAGGACGAGGCGCUGGCGCAGCAGGAGAACAAGCACUGGAAGAGGAACACCUUCGAGAAGCUGGGCUUCCCCCAGAUCCUGCUGGAGAAGAGCGUCUCCGUCCAGACCAACCUGGCCUCUCCCGAGCCCUACCUGCACCCGUCCCAGUCCGAGGACCUGGGCGCGUGCGCGCAGUUCGAGAGCGGCCGCCAGAGCCGGAACAUGAUGCCCAGCGCCAGCUGCGUCUUCCCCACCUUCAACCUGCGCAAACCCUCCUCGGAGACGGACAUUGAGAACUGGGCCUCCAAGCACUUCAACAAGCACACCCAAGGCCUCUUCCGCCGCAAGGUCUCCAUCGCCAACAUGCUGGCCUGGAGCAGCGAGUCCAUCAAGAAGCCCAUGAUCAUGACCAACGACCGCAACGUCAAGAAGGAGGCGUGCGAGAUCUUCAAGCUCAUCCAGAUGUACAUGGGCGACCGCCGGGCCAAGACGGACCAGCUCAACGUGGCCUUGGAGAUCGCCACCAAGGGCUGGAGCAUGCAGGGCCUGCGAGACGAGCUCUACAUCCAGCUAUGCCGCCAGACCACCGAGAACUUCCGUUACGAGAGCCUGGCCCGGGGCUGGGAGCUCAUGGCCAUCUGCUUGGCCUUUUUCCCGCCCACCCCCAAAUUCCACUCCUACCUAGAGGGAUACAUUUACCGGCACAUGGAUCCGGUCAAUGACACCAAAGUGACGCGGCACAUCCGUCACCUCCUGGAAAGGACCAAUCAGAAGAAACCCAAAUUGCGAAAGAAACCCAAGCCCCAAAUCGAGGAGCGCCAUGGGGUGGCUAUCAGCACUUACGCCAAGUACUGCUACAACAAACUCCAGAAGGCGGCUCUGACCGGGGCCAAGAAGGGCCUGAAGAAGCCGAACAUCGAGGAGAUCCGGCACGCCAAGAACGCCGUGUUCAACCCAUCCAUGUUUGGCAGCUCCCUGCAGGACAUCAUCCACCUGCAGAAGGAGCGCUACCCCGAGCGCCAGCUGCCCUGGGUGCAGACACGCCUGUCCGAGGAGGUCCUGGCGCUCAACGGUGACCAGACCGAGGGCAUCUUCAGGGUCCCCGGGGACAUCGACGAGGUCAACGCCCUCAAGCUGCAGGUGGACCAGUGGAAGAUCCCAACGGGCUUGGAGGACCCCCACGUUCCUG